CCUCCUCCUCCUCCUCCUCGCCGCGGUGUCUGUGUUUCUCCCCCUCUCCUCUCCUCUCUCUCCCUCCCCGGUCGGAGGCGGCGGUAAUGGCGGAUGGUGGGUUGUGGCGCCGGCGGCGGCUGUGAGGGACGAUGAGUUCCUGCUUCGUGCCGAACGGGGCCAGCCUGGAGGAUUGUCACUGUAACCUCUUCUGCCUGGCUGACUUAACAGGAAUUAAAUGGAAACGAUAUGUCUGGCAAGGUCCAACUUCUGCCCCAAUUCUGUUUCCGGUGACAGAGGAAGACCCUAUUUUAAGUAGCUUUAGUCGCUGUCUUAAGGCAGAUGUACUGGGUGUGUGGCGGAGAGAUCAAAGACCUGGACGAAGAGAGCUAUGGAUAUUUUGGUGGGGUGAGGACCCCAAUUUUGCUGACCUUAUUCAUCACGAUUUAACAGAAGAGGAAGAUGGAGUAUGGGAGAAUGGCCUAUCCUAUGAGUGCCGUACUCUGCUCUUCAAAGCAGUUCACAAUCUACUGGAGCGGUGUCUAAUGAAUCGGAAUUUUGUGCGCAUUGGCAAGUGGUUUGUGAAGCCUUAUGAAAAGGAUGAAAAACCUAUAAAUAAAAGUGAACACCUGUCUUGCUCUUUCACCUUUUUUUUGCAUGGAGACAGCAAUGUUUGUACCAGUGUGGAAAUCAAUCAACAUCAACCAGUAUAUCUUCUUAGUGAAGAACACAUCACACUUGCUCAGCAGUCAAACAGCCCGUUUCAAGUUAUCCUAAGUCCAUUUGGAUUAAAUGGCACUCUCACAGGACAGGCAUUCAAGAUGUCUGAUUCUUCCACUAAGAAAUUAAUUGGUGAAUGGAAACAGUUCUAUCCUAUUUCAUCCUGCUUGAAGGAGGUAUCUGAAGAAAAACAGGAAGAUAUGGAUUGGGAGGAUGAUUCUCUAGCUGCCGUGGAAGUCCUUGUUGCGGGUGUGCGGAUGAUCUACCCAGCAUGCUUUGUUUUAGUUCCCCAGUCAGAUAUUCCUACUCCCAGCUCUGUCGGAGCACCUCACUGUUCAACUACUUGCUUGGGUGUCCACCAAGUGCCUGCUUCCUCAAGAGAUCCUGCCAUGUCUUCAGUAACUCUGACUCCACCUACAUCCCCUGAAGAAGUCCAGUCAGUUGAUGCUCAAUCUGCCCAGAAAUGGGCGAAAUUUUCAUCUGCUUCUGAUGCAUUCAGCUCAGAUAGUACUAGCCACCAUGGUGGAAAAAUUCCCAGAAAACUUGCCAACCAAGUGGUGGAUAGGGUUUGGCAAGAAUGCAAUAUGAAUAGAGCACAGAACAAGAGGAAGUAUUCUGCAUCAUCAAGUGGUUUAUGUGAAGAAGAGACAGCUGACAAAGUAGCAUCCUGGGAUUUUGUUGAAGCCACACAGAGGACAAAUUGCAACUGUUCAAGGCACAAAAAUCUCAAACCAAGAAAUUCUGGACAACAGGGGCAGGUACCUCCCGUAGGCCAGCAACAGCCAGUAGCUGCCAAGCACAAGACCAAUGAGAAGCAAGAAAAGGGUGACAAGCCUCAGAAACGCCCUCUAACUCCUUUUCAUCACCGUGCAUCUAUUAGUGAUGAUGUUGCCAUGGAAACAGAUUCAUCCAGUCAGAGGCUGGUGAUCCCAGCUCCGGACAGUCAAGUGAGAUUUUCAAACAUCCGAACUAAUGAUGUAGCAAAAACUCCUCAGAUGCAUGGCACUGAAAUGGCAAAUUCGCCUCAGCCACCGCCACUUAGCCCUCAUCCAUGUGAUGUGGCUGAUGAAGGCGUGACUAAAACACCUUCAACUCCUCAAAGUCAGCAUUUCUAUCAGAUGCCAACACCAGAUCCCUUGGUUCCUUCAAAGCCAGUAGAAGACAGGAUAGACAGUUUAUCUCAGCCUUUCCCAGCCCAGUUUCCAGAGGUAAUAGAGCCAACAGUUUACGUUGGUACAGCGGUAAACUUGGAAGAAGAGGAAGCCGAUUCAACCUGGAAGUAUUAUAAAGUUCCAAAGAAAAAGGAUGUGGAGUUUCUACCACCGCAGCUUCCGAGUGAUAAAUUCAGAGAUGAUCCAGUUGGACCUGCCGGACAGGAAAGUGUAACAUCAGUUACGGAGUUAAUGGUGCAAUGUAAGAAGCCUCUAAAGGUUUCUGAUGAACUAGUGCAGCAGUAUCAGAGUAAAAACCAGUAUCUCUCAGCAGUAGUAUCUGAUGCUGAACAAGAACCUGAAAUUGAUCCAUACGCAUUUGUGGAUGGAGAUGUGGAAUUCCUUUUUCCUGAUAAUAAAAAAGAGAGACAGAACACCGAGCGAGAAGUGGGCAAAAAACACAAAGCAGAAGAUGGUUCAUCUAGUGUAACAGUAUUAUCACAUGAAGAAGAUGCUAUGUCAUUAUUUAGUCCCUCUAUCAAGCAAGAUGCCCAGCGACCUUCAGGCCAUGCCCGCCCUCCCUCAACCAGCUUGAUCUAUGACUCUGACUUGGCUGUUUCUUAUACUGACCUCGACAAUCUCUUCAAUUCCGAUGAAGAUGAACUUACCCCUGGAUCUAAAAAAAUCCUGAGUGGGACAGAUGACAAAUCCAAUUGCAAAGAGUCAAAGACUGGAAAUCUGGAUCCACUAUCUUGCAUAAGCACUGCAGAUCUUCAUAAAAUGUAUCCCACACCACCGUCACUGGAACCACAUAUUAUGGGAUUUUCCCCAAUGAAUAUGAACAAUAAGGAAUAUGGGAGUAUGGACACUACACCUGGAGGAACUAUACUAGAAGGGAAUAGUUCCAGUAUAGGCACUCAGUUCAAAAUUGAGGUUGAUGAAGGAUUCUGUAGUCCCAAACCUUCCGAAAUCAAGGAUUUUUCUUAUAUCUACAAACUUGAAAAUUGUCAAGCUUUAGUUGGAUGUUCCAUGUUUGCACCUCUAAAGACCCUCCCCAGCCAGUGCCUGCCUCCUAUCAAAUUGCCAGAAGAGUGUAUUUAUCGCCAGAGUUGGACGGUUGGAAAACUAGAGUUGCUUCCUCCAGGACCUGCCAUGCCAUUUAUCAAAGAGGGCGAUGGAAGCGCCAUGGAUCAGGAGUAUGGUGCUGCCUAUACCCCUCAAACGCAUACGCCUUUUGGGAUGCCCCCCAGCAGUGCACCGCCCAGCAACAGCGGAGCCGGAAUCCUCCCUUCUCCAUCCACCCCUCGUUUCCCAACUCCUCGAACCCCAAGGACGCCUCGAACCCCUCGUGGGGCCGGAGGGCCCGCCAGCGCUCAAGGUUCGGUCAAAUACGACAAUUCGGACUUGUACUCACCGGCUUCCACGCCGUCCACGUGCCGACCGCUAAAUUCUGUCGAACCCGCAACUGUACCUUCCAUCCCCGAAGCUCAUAGCCUUUAUGUGAACCUCAUCCUUUCUGAGUCAGUGAUGAAUCUGUACAAGGACUGUAACUUUGACAGUUGCUGUAUCUGUGUCUGCAACAUGAACAUCAAAGGUGCCGACGUUGGAGUCUACAUUCCAGAUCCCACCCAGGAGGCCCAAUAUAGGUGUACCUGUGGCUUCAGCGCUGUCAUGAAUAGAAAGUUCGGAAACAACUCCGGCUUGUUUCUUGAAGAUGAACUGGACAUCGUAGGACGCAACACAGAGUGUGGCAAAGAAGCAGAGAAGCGCUUCGACGCUCUUAGGGCCACCUCUGCUGAACAUGUCAGCGGAGGAUUAAAGGAACCCGAAAAGUUGCCCGAUGAGUUAAUACUGCUGUUGCAAGAUCAGUGCACUAAUUUGUUUUCGCCAUUUGGAGCAGCAGACCAAGAUCCUGCCCCCAGAAUUGGCAUAAUCAGUAACUUGGUACGUGUUGAAGAGCGGGAUUGUUGCAAUGACUGCUACCUUGCAUUGGAACAUGGGCGACAGUUCAUGGACAACAUGUCAGGAGGAAAGGUUGAUGAAGCACUUGUAAAAAGUACAUGCUUACACCCCUGGUCCAAAAGAAACGCAAUGGAUGUGAGCAUGCAGUGUUCACAGGAUAUCCUUCGCAUGCUCCUAUCUCUCCAGCCAGUCCUUCAGGAUGCUAUUCAGAAAAAACGAACAGUGAGAUCUUGGGGAGUCCAAGGUCCCCUAACUUGGCAGCAGUUUCAUAAAAUGGCUGGCCGAGGCUCCUAUGGAACUGAUGAAUCCCCAGAACCACUGCCAAUCCCCACAUUUUUGUUGGGGUAUGAUUAUGAUUUUCUGGUGCUCUCUCCAUUUGCCCUGCCAUAUUGGGAGAGGCUGAUGCUGGAACCCUAUGGAUCUCAAAGAGACAUUGCUUACGUUGUUCUGUGUCCAGAGAAUGAGGCCCUUCUGAAUGGAGCCAAAAGCUUUUUUAGAGAUCUGACUGCAAUAUAUGAGUCCUGUCGAUUAGGUCAACACAGACCCAUUUCUCGACUAUUAUCUGAUGGGAUCAUGAGAGUUGGAUCUACCGCUUCAAAGAAACUCUCAGAGAAGUUGGUCACAGAAUGGUUUUCUCAGGCAGCUGAUAGCAACACUGAAGCAUUUUCUAAACUCAAGCUGUAUGCACAAGUCUGCAGAUAUGAUCUUGGACCGUAUCUUGCUUCCCAGCCUUUGGACAGCUCUUUACUCUCCCAGCCAAAUUUAAUUCCCCCAGCAAGUCAGCCUGUGCCCACCCCACCCCCGGUGGCAAGUAAUUCUGGGAAUUCCAACACUCCAUCAUCCACCCCAGCAACUACAACCAGCAACACCAUGACAGUGGCGUCAAGCAAUGCCAUAUCCUCUGCAGCUGCUCCAACCAGUUCCACCAUGACCACCACCACCACUUCAUCCUCAUCCACCAAUCUGAGUGGUGGGAUCCCCAGUAAACCACCUUCGUUUCCACCCUUCGGCAAUAUAACCAGUAAUACUGCCGGUUCUAUGUCCGCCCAAGCUCCCACGGUUCAGAAUGGCCAGCUGGGUCAGCAGCCACCAACUCUACAAACGACUGGGAUAUCCGGAGAGUCCUCAGCUGUUCCUGCUCAGCCACAUUCCGAAGUGUCAGAAAGCACUAUGGAUCGGGAUAAGGUGGGAGUCCCCACAGAUGGUGAUUCACAUGCAAUCACGUAUCCACCUGCAAUUGUAGUUUAUAUAAUUGAUCCUUUCACGUACGAAAAUAAAGAUGAGAGCACUAACUCUAAUAUAUGGACGCUGGGUCUACUACGUUGCUUUUUGGAAAUGGUACAAACCCUUCCUUCUAAUAUCAAGAGUACAGUUUCUGUUCAGAUUGUCCCCUGUCAGUAUUUGUUACAACCUGUGAAGCAUGAAGAUAGGCAGAUUUAUACCCAGCAUUUGAAGUCCCUGGCAUUUUCAGCCUUUACCCAGUGUCGGAGACCACUUCCAACAUCAACCAACGUGAAAACACUGACUGGUUUUGGCCCAGGCUUAGCAAUGGAAACUGCUCUUAAGAGUUCUGAUAGGCCAGAGUGUAUUCGGCUUUAUACUCCUCCUUUUAUCCUGGCUCCUGUGAAAGACAAGCAGACAGAAUUGGGAGAAACAUUUGGUGAAGCUGGCCAGAAAUACAAUGUUCUUUUUGUGGGUUACUGUUUGUCUCAUGAUCAGAGAUGGCUCCUUGCUUCGUGCACCGAUCUCUAUGGAGAAUUAUUGGAAACUUGCAUUAUUAAUAUUGAUGUACCAAACAGAGCUCGUCGGAAAAAAGGUUCCGCUCGUAGACUCGGUCUCCAGAAACUCUGGGAAUGGUGCUUGGGACUGGUUCAGAUGAGUUCUUUACCAUGGAGAGUUGUAAUUGGGCGCCUAGGAAGGAUAGGUCACGGUGAAUUAAAAGAUUGGAGCUGUCUGCUGAGUCGCCGGAAUCUGCAGUCUCUCAGUAAGAGAUUAAAAGAUAUGUGUAGAAUGUGUGGUAUAUCUGCUGCCGACUCUCCCAGCAUCCUCAGUGCUUGCCUUGUUGCAAUGGAGCCCCAAGGAUCUUUUGUAAUUAUGCCAGAUUCUGUGUCAACAGGUUCUGUAUUUGGUCGCAGCACUACUCUUAACAUGCAGACAUCUCAGCUAAAUACCCCACAAGACACAUCAUGCACCCAUAUACUUGUGUUUCCGACUUCUGCUUCUGUGCAAGUAGCUUCAGCAACGUACACCACUGAAAAUUUGGACCUGGCCUUCAAUACGAACAAUGAUGGAGCAGAUGGGAUGGGCAUCUUUGAUUUAUUAGACACAGGAGAGGACCUUGACCCUGACAUUAUUAAUAUCCUUCCUGCAUCCCCAACUGGUUCACCUGUACAUUCUCCAGGGUCCCAUUUUCCCCAUGGAGGUGACGCUAGCAAGGGUCAGGGAACAGAUCGGCUGCUUUCAACAGAAUCUCAUGAUGAAGUAACAAAUAUUCUUCAGCAACCAUUGGCCCUUGGUUAUUUUGUAUCAACUGCCAAAGCAGGUCCAUUGCCUGACUGGUUUUGGUCAGCGUGUCCUCAAGCACAACAUCAGUGUCCCCUCUUUCUUAAGGCCUCUUUGCACCUCCAUGUGCCUUCAGUGCAAUCAGACGAGCUGCUUCACAGUAAACACUCCCACCCACUUGACUCAAAUCAGACUUCAGAUGUCCUCAGGUUUGUUUUGGAACAGUACAAUGCACUCUCCUGGCUAACCUGUGACCCCGCAACCCAGGACAGACGGUCAUGUCUCCCGAUUCAUUUUGUGGUGCUGAAUCAGUUGUAUAACUUUAUCAUGAAUAUGCUGUGAUCUUCAUCUGACUGAACUGUGCAAGAAACAAACAAAAAAAAGGAAAAGGGAUAUUAAGUUCACUGCAGGACUACAUUAUAAUCUUCUCAGUGCUAGUCAAUUUGUGAUGGGGUAUAAUUCUUGUUACUUUAACAAAUAUUGUUUGACCUGGGGGGAAGAGGAUGUAACCCUGCUCUCUUUUCAUUGACUCUAAAGAACUCUUUAGGAUAAUGAAGAUUGAUAAUACAAAAUGUAUUAUAACAUUUUAGUAGAGAAAUUAACCUUUUUUUUCCAGUCACAGUAUUUGUGAAAAGUAAUGAGCCAUAGUACCCAGUCAUGUUAAAUGAAUAUUCGAAGCAUGGAGAAGAAACAUGAGGAACAGUGAGUUCAACUUAUGGCUUCAGAACACCAAGAUGUUCUUGUAUUGGAUUAUAGUACCUAGUAUUCAAAAAUGCCUGCAUCUCUUAUUUAUUGUAAGUUUUUAAAUGUAUAAAUUGUCUUAUAUUUCUUAACCUCUUUUAUAAAAAUUUUCCUAGAAGGUUUAUACUGCCUUCUUGCUUUAAAGCAAUUGGUCUAAAAUAUAUGUAAUCGUCUUAAUUAAAAGUUGCAGUAGGGUUGCUUUUAGAGUAUUAUUUUUUUGUAAGGGGGUGGGUGGGACAGUAAAUUUGUAUUGUCUUGAUGUACAGUUUAAUGGGGAUAGAUUUUGGGGGAGGGAGGGAGGGAUGCAGGGUGGGAGUUAAUGUCCAUACCAUUGUGUGUGGAGGAUUUACAGCUAAGCUGUAGUUGCAGAGUACAUGUACAGUAAUGAAGUUCACUGUGUUUAUAAAUUGAAAAGGUACCGGGUCUUACAGCAUUUUAUAUCACACCUUUACAGAGUAACAUGAUGGCAAUAUAUAAGUGAUAUUGUUAGGUGGUUUAACUUGUAGUGAGAAUAAAAUGAAAAAACUCUUACAUUUUGUACUAUGGUUUAGGGCUGUGACUAAUUUUUCAGGGCUUUUCCCGUGUAAAGAAAGUCUGGCAAGAAAUAUUUGCCACAAAAUUGUUAAUAUUUGGACACAGUUGAUGUUUGACAUCGCUGGCUUUUAACCACCAAGGGUAAAAGAUGAUGAAGUUGUAUCCAGGGUCUCUUGAAAAGGUGAGAUUUUAGCCCAGCUUUAGCCAUUUUACAAACAAUUUUUAAGAAAGUCAAUCUUGGAAUAAGAGGUGGAUGUGUGGGUGUGAGAGAGAGAGAGAGAAAGUGCGUGUGUGUGUGUAUAUGGGUGAAAGGGUGUGUUUGUGUGUGUGUGUGUGCAAUCAAACUGUGGUGUAAAUAGAUUCUCAGUGAAUUCUGGUAUUCAUACUCUAUUCCUCUAGAGAGAAACAUUUCCCCGAACUUUUUAGACUUGAUUCCUUUUGCCUAUUUUAAUUUAUUUAAUUUUCUUGGUUUUGGAGGUGGCGGUCCCAGCCACCACAAAACGAUUUUCCACCACACAGUUCAAAUUAAGUUAAUUCAUAUGGCAAGGAGGUUCUCACCUCCCUAAAGAAGGGAUUUUCUAUCUGAGGGGUUUCCACCCCUUCCUUAACUCAACAUUACUCGCUUCCCCCCACCCCUUCUGGCCGUACGUUACAACCGUAUUGUUGCCCUCAAGAAGCCUUCACUCCUAAAUUAAAAAAUCUCUUCUUCAGUGGUGUUCACAUGAGAGUUCAAAUUAGCCUCCCACCAGGGUCACCCCAUUACACAAGAAGCCACCUAGCUUACCUAUUGUUUCUCAAAAACAAUCUGGAAAAAUUCCUGUAUGUGCACUCACUGUUAAUCCUCUACAAGGACAAAAUCACUUGUACUUACAAAACUCUUAAUUCAGUAUUUUUUUUUUUUUUUGGCUGAAACUCAUGUUUUGUAUAUACAAAAUAUUUACCUGAAAUAUCACUUUCUUAUGAACAAUAUAACUUCUUUGAAUUGUGUAUAUAAAAAUAUUAGCAAUUCUUGUUUUUUGUAUAAAGAAAAUGUACAAUUGGUGACAAAGGUUUUCAGUCAUUUCUUCAGAAUAAUAGUGCAAUCAGGCGGUCAGCAUUCUUUGAUACUAAAGCUAAGAGAUCAGAUCCCUGCAUUAAUUUUUAAAUUAUGCUAGCUCAUUGCAGAUUCAGUUGGCAUGCUAUUUUCUAUAGCUUUUUAAAAAAUUUGGCUGAGAUUUGAGAGAAGAGACGUGAAUCUGGAAGUUUCAGAGUACCGGUUUAUUUUAAAUUAAGCAGACACUUUUUUUUUAACAAAGCGAUUUAAUUUCCAUUGUCGAAAUUACUAACCCAAGAUAAACACACCUCAAACUUGAAACUAGAUAUAAUAAAGUUUUAAACUCUGGCAGUGAUUUUUCUACUUGUAGCCAUAAGGGAGCCAGCUUCUUUAAUGUGGAGAUUCAGAAACAUAGUGUACACCUCCAUUUAUGUGGCUUUAUUCUCCAUAUGCGUAAAACUUGCUGGUUAGUAUUGAUUUUUCCCACGUGUCAAGAGAAACUCAACUAAAUAUAAUUUAAUAGCCACUAGAAAAGGUCAGGAGACCCAUUUCAGAAAGAAAAAUAAAUAAAUUAAGCCUUUUGUACUUACUGAUGCCUGGCAUAAUUAAUAUCCAUUGCAGGCAAUGGACACAUUAAAAUCACCAGCGUCAAAGGAGCAAGCUUCCCUAUUUGGAUUACUUUUAAAUCAAACAUUUCCUACCUGUUGAAUCUGUUUUCUUGAUAGUGAUUAACAUUCCACUCUUAGGGUGGAAUUGACUAAUUUAUUGUACUGAUUUACCAACAACCCUCAGAGGCAAGUAAGGGCAGUUUUUACAUUGUGCAAGUUAAAUAUUAUAGUUUGUACUAAUAGAUUGUUGACAGCUUGAAUUGGCAGUCGAUUCCAGGCUCUUACCUGUUCUCUGUGCAGUUAUUCAUUUGGGAAACGGGGUUGGAAGUUUAGUAUUUUGGCAUUUAAAGUGGUAGUUUCAAAAGAUCUGCUUCCAGCCAUUCAAAAACAUCUAGCCAUACUUUUCUUAUGCAAGCCAUUCAGUUUUCAGGACUGUGAAUUAACACUGUAUGAAUAAAUUCCUGUACACCUUAUUGUUUGGCCAGAUGGCCACCAAGUGUACUUAUAUGUAAUCCUUAAAUUUUAAAGUAGCUGUAAUUUUUAAAUCUUUCUAAACUUUUCUGAAACCACUAAAAUUAAGUUCUUUACUACUACAGAUAUCCUCCACUGUAUUCGUACUCAACUGUCAGUAUGGCACAGAUUACUGUAUUAAAAUAUUCUCCUUUCGUCUUCAUAUUUACCUUCUAAGGUAAUUUUUUAACUUAAUGUGUUACUACAAAGAUUUGCAGAUCUUUAAUCAAGCACUAUGUUAAUACUGUAAUAUCAAAAUACUAUGUUUCAUUAUUUAAAAAUGUUCAAAUUGAAUAGAUUAAAAGGAAGUUUCAAAUGCUGUUGCAUCAUAUAAUUUGCUACACAACCAUCUAUGGCAUCGCAUAUCAAUCUAUUAUUACACUUAAUGUUUUAAAAAGAUAAUGCUUUGGUCUGGGUUUCCUCUAAUGAAAGUGCUCUUGAUUUAUAUUUUGUAUUGGCAAACGCGAGAAAAAUGAGGUGAAUAAUUAGCCUUUUUGUUUUACUUAGGAUAAGAGCCCAAAAUUAUGGAUCAGAUUAAGGGGAUUUGAAUUUUGAAUUUGCUCUUUGGGUGGAAAAUAAUUUCAUUUUUAGCUGAAUUGGAUUUGGGGCCCAAGAUGUUCCUCAGGUUCAUGCCACAAAAUAGAGUGUGUAAAUUAGCUUUAGCUUUUAAUUAAACUGAAUUUGAGGACCUUAAUAUUACUGGGUUUAAAUUGCAAAUGGUAACAUCAUUACUGGACAUGUCAGCAUCAGACCCUCUCAAAAUAGCUGGGUAUACUAAUAAGGGGAGACUUUACGGUCUUAUUUAGCAGUGAUAUUUAAUAUGGUCCAAAUGUUUGUUAUUAACAUUACAAAAAGAGAAAAUAAGGAACAAACACUAUUGCUGCCGAAUGCCAUAAACACUGAGUUGUACAAAUUGUGAUUGAGGAAAUGAAAAAAGGUUUAUACUUUUUAAAAAAAAAAACUUCAAAUGGAAUAAAUUAUUCAUGAAGCCUUCA